AUGGGACGGAGGCACCAGGCUUUCCUCAUCGCCCGAGUCGUACCUCACGGCGCCCCGGAUGGUCGACCCAGGUACCGUUGUAUCGCCGCAUAUCAUCACCAAGAGUGCUACGGAGACAUUCCAGCGGCCGCUAUAAUCCGUUUCGUCACCCUGCUCAAGCAGAAGGAGAAUGCAGAAGUCGUAAGAGCCGAGAUCCAGAAUAUCCAUGGCAAGUACGGUCGGUGGACCCAGGAACCCAAGCUUCCCGAACACCCAUGUCCGUUCACGGCAUCGUUGCUGAGCAUGGCGUGGUGUGUAGACAACGGUGAAGGGAACCCUACAGGAGCGGAACGACAUUCGCUAAGGACGUGUUGUCAGCCGAUUACGCGCCCACGAUGCGCUGCAGAUAAUAACGAUGGUUAUACCGUCAUAGACGUAACGGAGCCAGAGUCCCCUGCCUAUUGUCAUAUUCAGUCAGACGGGUGUGCUAUGUUAAAAGUUGACGCAGAAGGCUAUAUGCGCCACUACGGUUAUGUUCCCAACCGCGAUCAGAAAACGAGACGCCUUCUGCAUGCCUUGGACGGCAUUCCACUGGUAACACUGAUAUGAUCGAAGAAGCGUGGCCACAACAGGAUAAGGAGAAAGGGGAGGACCCGAAGAGGUUGUCAGAGUCACAGCCAAGCACUCAGUACCCUCGCGGAGCUGGAGCCAAAUGAAGUCUCACCGCUGACACAACACGAAC